ACCAACCACCUCUCGUCUUCUCUUUCCUCCUCCUCCUCUCUCUCUCUCCCUUCCGCGAUCCGACCGGCGCCGCUCCACCGACGACGCGCGCGCGAGGGGUCCGUCCGGAUCUGGGAGCGAGCUGCCGGGGGCCGCUCACUCCCCCUUCCCUCCCUCCCAUGGUCCCCCGCCGCGCCGAGGGGGCCACCAGCGGCCGGCAGCGGCCGCGCUGCUGAGAUGCGGGGCGACGCGCCGCCGCCCACCGCCUCCUCCUCUUCGUCAACCCCCUCGCUCUUCGGCGGCGGCGGCGGCGGCGACGGCAGCGGCGAGCUGUUCGGGUCGGCGCCGGGGCCGCUCGUCUUCCUGCCCCUGCUCCUGAUCCAGGGCGGCGGCAUGGACCUCUCCCGCGUCGGGGAGAAGCUCCUCAGCUCCGUGCGCUCCGCGCGCUCCCUUGGCCUCCUCCCUCCCACCCCGUCGCCCUCCGCUUCCCGCCCCGAGGUUCCAGCUAGAGCUGCUGCGGCGGCAGCGGCCGCGCGUGCGAUCGCAGGGUUGCCGCCGCACGAGAAGAUCAGCCUGCCAUCGAAUUCGGAGGACUUGGUGUCCAUCUAUGGGACCAACCCACAGGGGCAGGGCGUGGAUGAGCUCGAGGAGGUGUUCUUCGAGGAGGAGUUCGAUCCAAUAAAGUACAUUCUGCAAAGCAUCCCUGAAGAGGGUGAUUCCAGCUAUUUCGAUAAGCAGUCUACUCUGAGAUUAGCGCAACUCGACAAAAUUGCAGAACGAUUAUCACACCAUGUUAUGGGUCACCAUGAAGAAAUGGUGAAGGGGAUGCAGUUAGUGAUGGAGUUAGAACAAGACUUGAAGGUCGCAAAUGUGAUCUGCAUGAAUGGACGGAGGCAUAUAUCCUCUUCAAAGAAUGAGGUAUCAAGGGAUCUGGUUGUCAAUGUAAAAUCAAAGAAGAAACAAGCUUUGCUGGAUGUUCUUCCUAUUCUUACAGAACUUCGUCAUGCACAAGACAUGCAGAUGGAACUUGAAAGUUUUGUUGAGAAAGAAAACUAUUUUCAGGCGUUUCAAUUAUUACCUGAGUAUUUGCAAAUUUUGGAGAACUAUUCAGGCCUUUCUGCUGUACAAGAAAUGGGGCGUGGGAUUGAGGCAUGGCUGGCACGAACAAUCCAAAAAUUAGACACCCAUUUACUGGGUGUUUGUCAGACCUUCAAUGACGAAAGUUAUCUAACUGUUAUUGAUGCUUAUGCACUGAUGGGUGACAUUGGUGGUAUGGCUGAAAAGAUGCAGAGUUUCUUUCUGCAAGAAGUACUCUCUCAGACUCAUUUUGUCCUGAAGGAAAUGUUGGAAGAGGAGAUUGGAAAUAAUACUCAGAGAAAUAGAUUUACAUACAGUGAUCUUUGUGCUCAAGUUCCUGAGUCUAAACUUCGGCCCUGCUUAUUAAGAACCCUUCAGAGUUUGUUUUCGUUGAUGUGCUCAUAUUAUACUAUAAUGAGCUUCUGCCCAGGAGCAAAGAGUAUUGAUUCCAAGGACGAAACCUCUAUGACAGACAAGAACAGCACAUCCCAGAGUGCAGGCGAAUCUUUAGUUGAUUCAGGUAGAGGUCAUGCAGCUGAAAUGAGUGACAGGGCAUCAUCUUCUGAUGUCAGCAGUCCUGAUACUAGCACUUCAGGAACAGACUCACCAUUUUAUCAGCUGAGGACAGAUGCUACAAAACUUGUUGCACAUGCAUUUGAAAGAGGGCGAAGAAAUCUUUGGCAACUGGCAACAAGCCGCUUAUCUGUAUUACUGUCCUCUUCAGUUGUUUUCUCAACUAGCACAUACCAAUUUUUGAAGAACUACGAAGAUCUCACCAUUUUCAUCUUGGCUGGUGAAGCAUUUUGUGGGUUUGAAGCAAGCGAGUUUCGACAGAAGUUGAAGGGUAUCUGUUUGAACUAUGUGGUGACCUUUCACCGGCAAAAUAUCUAUGCACUGAAGAUGGUACUGGAAAGGGAAUCUUGGACAAUAAUGUCAGCGGAAGCAUCCCAGAUAAUUAGUUUAGCAGGCCUUACUGGUGAUGGUGCUGCUCUAAUCUCACCUACCUGUCGUAGUUCCGCCUUGCCAAUACAUUACCGUGGACAUUCCACUCUGGCUGAUGCAGGGAAGCAAAAAGAUGGAUUUGCUUCUUGGAUUAAGAUUGACAACCCAUUUUUUUACAAGCUAGAAAAUGGCACCACGGAAUCCCCGAAGUCCAAUUUGAUGUUCAACUCAUCAGUUGGCAAUAGUUCUGCCCAUGGACGUACUAACAAUGGCAAUGGAAAUAAUGCACCUCUUGACGAAGAGAACGAAGAUCUCCUUGCUGAUUUCAUUGAUGAAGAUAGUCAAUUGCCUAGUAGGUUAGCAAAAACAAAAAUUGUGAAAGGCAAUUCUCCCCAUUGGAAGGAUGGGGACAUUUUAUCACAGACAGGAUCCUCGCUUUCUUUAUUAAGGAUGAUGGAUAAAUAUGCCAGAUUAAUGCAAAAGCUAGAAAUUAUCAAUGUUGAGCUUUUUAAGGGUAUCACCCAAUUGUUUGGCAUCUUUUAUCACUGCAUAUAUGAGACAUUUGGGAACCAGGACAGGGGUCAAAGCGGCAGGUCUUUACCCGAUCACCAAUCAUUUCGUCUUAAAGCGGCAUUAUCGAAAAUAACACAAGACUCUGACCAGUGGAUCAAACCACAGAAUAUUUCAUAUUCACCUUCAUCACCCUUAUCAAUGAAUUCAACUUUCGCUCAAAUGGAUGUGAUGCCAACUGCGCCUCCCAGCUCAAUGUUCACCUCCUAUGGUUUGAAGGAGCGAUGUGCAGCUGCCGAAACAAUAUCAUUGGUUGCUCGAGUUUUGAACAGAUCACGAGCCCAUCUACAUUCCGUUCUGUCUCAAAGUAACACUUCCAUUCUUGAAGAGUUCUUUGGGACAAUGGUUGAUUCUGUUCCAGAUUUGGCUGAGCACAUUCAUAGGACAAGUGCACGGAUGCUUUUACAUAUCAAUGGGUAUCCAGAUAAGAUUGCAAAUGCCAAAUGGGAGGUCAAGGAGCUUGGCAUAGAGCAUAAUGGCUAUGUCGAUUUGUUAUUGGGUGAAUUCAAGCACUACAAAACAAGAUUGGACCAUGGAGGAAUUUCCAAGGAGCUGCAAGACCUCUUGCUGGAGUAUGGCAUAGAGAGCAUCGCGGAGGUUUUAGUUGAAGGUCUCUCUAGGGUAAAACGGUGCACAGAUGAAGGGCGGGCUUUGAUGUCACUGGACCUUCAGGUACUAAUUAAUGGGCUGCAGCACAUUGUAUCCGCAAAUGUUAAGCCAAAGCUGCAAAUUGUGGAUGCUUUCAUAAAGGCUUAUUAUUUGCCGGAGACCGAGUAUGUUCAUUGGGCACGGUCUCAUCCAGAAUACAGCAGAAGUCAGGUUGUCGGGUUGGUUAACCUGGUUGCGACCAUGAAAGGAUGGAAACGGAAAGCGAGAUUAGAAACCAUCGAGAGGAUCGAGGCAGGGCCAUAGGCGAAGGCGUCUGUAAUUGUUUUUGUUUUCGUUUUUUUCAGCUGCAUAUAGAGCUGUUGUGUUUUGCUCCCUUUUUUGCUCCUUUUAUUAUUAAUUAAUUUUGUCGAUUCUUUCACCUUUCGGCCAUUUUGACGCUAAUCCCAUCAUUCACCCUUGGUGUAUACUGAAGCGUCGACCUUGUAUCAUACUAGCGGGGUAAGUACUCAACAGCAAAAAUAACAGUAUGUAUGUACACCAUACAUGGGAACAUUGGCUCAAUAAAUACCAACCUUGCCUA